AUUUCAGUCCAGCCACCACCGUCCUUUCCCCGCACACAAUGUUACCUCGACAUCUACUCGCCCUCUCCUUUAGUCUUAUAUUAGAUUCCCUUGCGUAUGCAUCCCAAUCGCCCUCCUUUCUUUCCGAGCCCGUCGUGCGGAAGGACCAGGUGCAGAACGUUCUGGAGCAUGAGCCGGUGAAGGAAGCGGUCUGCGAGAACCAUCUUACAGGUCCUAUAGAGACGACCCUCUGCGACUACGAGACGAUUGAAAGCGUUAACGACGAGCUUUUCAAUCAGUUGCAUUCACUGGUCGAGACGCCAUUCUUCAAAUACUUCCGGGUUGACCUCUACCGUGACUGUCCGUACUGGGAGGAGAAUGGUUUCUGUGCCAAUAGAGAAUGCGGUAUCACAACAGUAGACGAGAGUGAAAUCCCAGAGAGGUGGAGGGCAGCGGCUCUCAGUAAAGUUGAGAUGCUUUCGCAAGGCGAGGGGAUCCGACUUCCUGGCUGCUACUACCGCGACUCCGACUAUUGCUUCCUCGAUGAUCCUACAGACGGCGAGUAUGUAGAUCUAACGCUGAACCCCGAGCGUUUUACGGGCUACAUCGGGCCGUCCGCGCACCGAGUGUGGUCUGCCAUCUACUCGGAGAACUGUUUCGGUCUGUCGCAGCACGCUGUGUUAAAUGAACCUGUGCCGGACAUCACGCGUGCGGACGGAGAGUGUCUUGAGCAGCGUGUUUACUACAAGAUCAUCUCGGGUCUGCAUACGAGUAUCUCGACGCACAUUUGCCAUGACAUGAUGGACCAGAGCACCGGACAAUGGGGCCCAGACCUCCAGUGCUUCAUCAACCGCGUAGCGGCAUAUCCGGAGCGACUCCAGUACCUCUAUUUCGAUGUCGUACUUCUCCUGCGUGCAGUAGCGCGCCUCGGCCCAUACCUAUCUGCAUACGACUACUGUGGUACAGAUGACCACGAGAAAGGCGUGCAUUUGGAGACACAUCAAAGACUCGGGCGAGUGAUCGACGUCGCGACUGCGGUCGGCAAGUUCGACGAGACUGUACUCUUCCGCGGGGAGAAUGCAAACAUGUUGAAGGAGGAGUUCAAGGACCACUUCCGUAACGUGACGCGGAUAAUGGACUGCGUUGGGUGUGACAAGUGCCGUCUCUGGGGCAAGGUGCAGACGAUGGGCGUCGCCACCGCGCUGAAGGUGCUCUUCCAGUUAGAUGAGAAGACAUUAGAUCCGUCGGCGAACCCGAACCUCCUCCAGCGCUCAGAAGUCGUCGCGCUCAUCAACACCCUCCACCGGUUCUCGGAGAGCCUCGCCGCGGUGAACGAUUUCCGCAGGUUAUGGGCGGCAGCGAACGCGCAGGACGAAGAGCGUAUGAUUGAAGCGGCGGCAUCCGCCGCCUCCGGGCCUCCCAGGUCACUCCACUCGCCCGUCGCGGGGAAGGACACCGCACCGGACAUGUUCCUCGCCGAUCUGCUGGUGUGGCUACGGGCGUGCAGGGACGGGACCGUCGGCUGUGUACAGGGGCUGCUGGAGGGCCUCCGGAGCGCGGUCGACCACGUCGCGUCGCUCUUCGAGAUCUCGGGCAAGGAUCAGGGCCCGAGGAGCGACCUCUGAGAACGGUUGCGCAUCGUGGGGCACCGCGUACACGUGUACUAUCUAUAGUCUGAGGGACUGUAUAGCAGUAAUAAUGGACUUCGCUUGUGUGGCUAUUCUGACUGGAAGAUACUCACUUACGGAAGCCGCGCGCUAAGGCAGAUGAAUAGCGCACAAGGACGAUCCAUUCUCGGGUCGGGCUGUGCGAAUAUGCAAAUCAUCAGGUACCGCCCUGGUCGUGGCGAGAGUGGUCGGGUGCGCGACGUUGUAUGCGUUGUAGGCGUCGGACGUCGCUGGCCACGUUGGAGGAUAUGUGCUGUGUGCUGGUGCACGCAGAGCAUGGGGGACCUUCGAGCGGGACGAACGACAGCGGUUGCCAAGAUGGGAGAAACAUUGUGACGGAGGAUGUGCCUGUGACGGGAGGGCAGCGUGACCGUGACAAGCCCGGCGGGAUGGGCGCGUGGGAGGCAGCGACGACCAACGCCC